AUAUUCCAUUUCUCUCUUUCCAAAUCCCAAAAAGAAAAAAAGAGAUCUACUUUUUUUUUCUCUUAAUUACCAAAAAUUAUUAUAUUAAAUAUGGGUUUAAGAGAUAUUGGAUCAAGUUUGCCACCAGGAUUUAGAUUCUAUCCUAGUGAUGAAGAAUUAAUUAGUCAUUAUCUUUACAAGAAAAUUACUAAUCAAGAAGUUAUUAAAGGAACUUUAGUGGAAAUUGAUCUUCAUACUUGUGAGCCAUGGCAACUUCCUGAGAUGGCAAAAUUGAACUCAAAUGAGUGGUAUUUCUUUAGUUUUCGAGAUCGAAAAUACGCAACCGGUUUUCGAACAAAUAGGGCUACAAUUUCUGGAUAUUGGAAAGCUACUGGCAAAGAUAGAACAGUGUUUGAUCCUCAAACAGGUGCACUCAUUGGCAUGAGAAAAACUUUGGUUUUUUACAAAAAUAGAGCUCCUCAUGGGAUUAAAACUGGAUGGAUUAUGCAUGAAUUUCGACUCGAAAAUCCUCAUAUACCUCCUAAGGAAGAUUGGGUAUUAUGUAGAGUAUUUUUCAAAGGUACUAAAGAUGAAAACAUCAAUUGUACUAACAAUGAGAGUACUAGUAUCACAUCUUUCAAUAUGGACAAUCAUGAAGCAACUAUGCCUAAGUUAUUGUCUUAUGGUGGCGGCGAAUAUCGCCCAUCAACCUUGCCUAAUUAUUCAAAUAACUCUAUCUAUCAAAGCCAGAACCCGAGCAAUAAUCUUCAAUUGUCACAAGAGAUAAACAAAGUUCUAGCAAAUGAAAUAAUUCACUCAAAAUGUGGCAAGGAGGAUGAGUUUGGGUUCUUGUUUGACAUGAAUUAUUUUGAAGAAUCAAGUUUACAAGAUGGAGGGGUUCAUUCUUGCCUUGAUGGGGAUAUGAAAUUUGAGGAUGAAAAUAGUUUGGUUUUUAUAUAAAACUAUUAGUCAUAGUAAUUAUUAAUUUGUUGGAUUAUUAUU